AUGAGUUUAUAAAUUUUGAACGUUUACAUGGUUCAAAUUGCUCAGGGAAGUGUUCGUACGAUUUCGUGGUUGUCGUACCACGUUCCAGUGCUUUUAAGUCACACAUAAUUUCCGUCAUAUAGUUCGUCAUCCAAAUUCGCGAUGCAUGCCCCCCUCCCACCGCCGUCGCUGCCCACGCCCAAGGCUAUCCGUGUCAACACUAAAGGAGCGGUGAUACUAGCCGAGGAGUCGCCCGAGACUCGGGACAGCCGAGGAAUAUACCUCCCAAACUACAUCGAACCUGUCUCACAUAUCGCAAUAGACAUUGGCGGAUCACUAGCGAAGGUCGUUUACUUUACACGUUCUCCUUCAUCCCCAUCUGUGAUAGCCACGCAGGGCAGUAAUUCCUUCUCGGGGUCCAGUGCUGGUUCCCCAUCCACAUCCCCAUCCAACGUUACUAUCCCCUGCAGCUCUUCGCAAACACGGAACGGCACUCUUACACCUCUCGCUCUCGAAUCCCAUUACAACGGAAAUGGACACAGCAAUGACUACGGCCACUAUCCCUCAGAUUCCCUCGACACAGACCUUUUACACUCUACUAUCCUUAAACGCACGACCGAAGUACGGCACAUCCCUGGCGGCUCCAUUAAUUUUGAGCGGUUCGAAACGUCUAAUAUCUCCGCGCUCGUCGCCUUCAUAUCGGAGCUCAUAACUCGGUCUGCUGCCGCGAAUGGCGUCUCUAUUGAGGAGAUGCGCCGUAGCGUUAAGAUCUCAGCCACCGGUGGUGGCGCACACAGGUUUGGAAAGCUGUUCGAGGGCGAACUCGUGGUGGAUGUGCAGAGAGAGGAUGAGAUGGAGUGUUUGAUCGAGGGGAUGAAAUUUAUGGUCACGAUCCCAGAGGAGGUGUAUUACUUCUCGGAUGAACUCAUCCAGGAAGUGACCCAUCACAUAUCGAAGGACGUGCAGAAUGAAAACGCAUUGGAUGGUCCUUCGUCGAGCGGGAAUGUGGCGCCCAGCACGGGCGCGGAGCCCGUUCUAGAGCGGCCUUCACCAGACCCGCCGCGGUAUGCCGUGACGUUCGAAACGAGCGAACCUUCUGCGCAUCUUCCUUGUUUGCUUGUCAACAUCGGAUCUGGUGUAUCUAUAAUCAAGGUGGAUGCUGAUGGAUCUUUUGAACGUGUCAGUGGAACCAGCCUUGGCGGGGGGACGUUAUGGGGACUUCUUAGUUUGUUGACGCCGGCGCGAACAUUUGAUGAGAUGCUUGCAUUGUCCGAAAAGGGGGAUAAUGCGAGUGUGGAUAUGCUCGUUGGUGAUAUCUAUGGUUCGGACUACAGCAAGCUUGGACUCAAAUCAACGAUGAUAGCGAGUUCGUUUGGGAAGGUAUUCAGGAGCCGAGGUGAGGCGAAGGAAGAAGGGGAACGCGGGACGUUCCGAGCCGAGGACAUCAGCAGAAGUUUGCUUUACGCUGUGUCGAAUAAUAUCGGGCAGAUUGCGUACAUGAACGCAGAAAAGUAUGGUCUAGAUAGGAUCUACUUUGGUGGCUUCUUCAUACGUGGACAUGCAGCGACGGUGGCUACAUUAUCAUAUGCUAUACGGUUCUGGAGCAAGGGAACGAAGCGAGCGCUGUUUUUCCGACAUGAGGGAUUCCUAGGGUCAAUCGGAGCAUGGAUUAAGAACAUCGACGUGGAAGAGACGCCUGUACUGCCGUCAUAGUUGGUGCUGUCAUGGUCUGUUUCUCAUGUGCACUAUUUAUACCGUUCAUUCCAUUUUCGUUAGUUUUGCAUAUAUGAGUCUUAUCAUGUACUAGGAUAAUCAAUCUAUGAGAAAUUAGUUGGCGUAAA